AUGUCCGCUCAACAGAACAAGGCUCCCUCCGCUGGCACUAAGGUCACCGCCGGCGCCCCCGCCACCAGCGAACCCACCGGCCCCGUCCCCUCCGGCUCCCUCGCCGCCGAGUCGGCCACCAAAGGCGGCGCCUUCGCCGCUAACACCGGCGUCGACGCCUCUUCCACCGUCCCCGCCGGCACCGGCUCUGCUCCCGGGUCCGGCGCCUCAUCGAUCCCCGGUCAGGCCGGCGCGGCGCCGACAUACGUGAACAACCAGUACAUCCGCGACCCCAAGGGCCCGCACGGCGCCAACAUCACCGAGGGCUUCGACGACAAGAACACCAAGGACGGCGUGCAGGCGGCGAUGAAGGCCGAGAUCGGCAGCGAGAACGACCCCAGCCGCGUGGCGGAGCAGCAGCUCAAGCUGAGCCAGACCAAGGGCGGGCGGGACGCCGGUCCCAGGCAGACCGAGGCCGGGGGCCAGACUGUGUACGAGAACUUGAAGAGCGAUGUUCAGGCAUAA